ACGUUCGUAAAAACGCGGUAACGUCCAAUUGGCGCGUUCCGAAAGCAUUUGUUUUGAGAACGUUCGACGAAUUCAAUGCUGAGCCGUAUAGUAUCGAAGUAUCUGGAAAGUGUAAAAGUGGUGUAAAGUCGCGAGUCGGGAGUAGUUGAUAGAUUGUUUUCUUAGUCGUGUCAAUUGGUUCGUUGAAGCCAACGAAAUUGCUGGUAAAAUUUCGCGCCGUAAUAACGGAUAAAUAAAUAAAAGCCUAAAGCAAUCAUGUCGUAUUGCGACACUGCACCGAUAACCUUGCGAAAGCGUAUCCCGAAAGCGUCUGCAAUGAAAUCCGAGCAGGCGGUGAAUGCUGCACGCCGACAAGGUGUAGCCGUGGAGACUCAGGCCAAAUGGGGUGGAGGUGCAAAUAGACAGCAUGUGACUACUAAAAAUACAGCCAAAUUAGAUCGUGAAACUGAAGAGUUAAAACAUGAAAAAGUUCCUUUAGAUCUUGGAAAACUAAUUCAACAAGGAAGACAGAACAAAGGGAUGUCUCAGAAGGAUCUUGCAACAAAAGUUAAUGAAAAGACACAAGUUAUUAAUGACUAUGAAGCUGGCCGAGGUAUCGCUAACCAAAUGGUGAUUGGCAAGAUCGAGAAAGUACUUGGUAUAAAAUUGCGUGGAAAAGAUCGUGGUCAGCAAUUACCACCACCAGGAGGAAAAAAAUAAAUUUCGGGUGAAUAAUUAAUAAAAAAAAAAAAAAAAAAAAAAAAAAAAAAAAUAAAAAGAAAACAUAAGUCUUUCUGUCCUUUCAAUUGUUUCCAUGAAACAGUCACGUGUGAAAAUAGUGAAUCUUCAAUGCAAUCUAUUUGUUUAUUAUUUUCUUUUGUUAUUUUGCUAUGCUUUAUAAUUAUAUAGGUUAUUAUAUUACGUUUGUACAUGAAAUUUUAAAAGUAAGAUAUUAAAUAUAACUCAUUAUCGAGUAUUAGUCGUCUAUGAAUAGGAUUUCUAUAAGAAACAGGUCCUGCACAAAUUUGAACACUUAUACAACUAAUUCUUGAUAAGUUGGUGAGGAUAAUCAUAAUUUAUACAAA